AUGACUCUGGACGCUUUCCGGACUGCAACAAUGGAGGCUACCAGUGGAACUGAUGAGCCGCCGGAUAUUAAGAUGGCUUGGGCCAUGAGAGCCAUGCAACAUGCUGAAGUCUACUACAAGCUGAUUUCAUCAGUUGACCCACAAUUCCUGAAACUCACCAAAGUGGAUGACCAGAUAUAUUCUGAAUUCCGGGAAAAUUUUGAGAAACUCAGGAUGGAUAUAUUGGACCCAGAAGAACUCAAAUCAGAAUCAGCUAAAGAGAAAUGGAGGCCAUUCUGCUUGAAGCUCGAUGAGAUCAUAGAAGAUUUCAACUAUGGUACUUGGCUGCGACUAGACUGUUCUCAGGGCUACACUGAGGAAAACACCAUCUGUGCCCCCAGGAUACAAUUUUUUGUUAUUGAAAUUGCUCAGAACUGGGAAGGCUAUAACAAAGCAGUUUCCAUCAGUGUUCAGGACAAAGAAGGAGAGAAUGAAGCCAACAAUGGAGGAGAGAAAGGAGCUGACAAUGGAGGAAAAAAGGAAAGGGUCAACAGAGAAGGAGAAAAAGCUGACAAAGAUAGCAACAAAACUGGUGAAACAGCUAUGUAA